AUGGCAGAGGUGGGGCAGUGGUGGGUGGUGGUGUGCAGUGGUUUCGGGUGGUCGGUGAUGUGGUUGCGGCCUCGGCAUCUUUGUGGUUCGGGGGUUUACCGGAUCGCCAUGAACUCACUUUUACCCACCCUGGCUGGAACGCCAUCGUCUUCACCAUCUCCGAUCGCCAUCGCGGCCCUGUUCACGUCGGAGAAUCAGAUCGUCACCACCAUAUCAAUGUCGGCCGCCAAAUUAGAUGCCGUGAACCACGCGGACCAGCAGCGAUCCCAACGAUCCGACGCUCUUUCCCCGCGACGUCACGACCACUUCUGGCCAGCAGCGACCUUCCCCUCGUCAGAACCAGUCGCGAUCUCUCUCUCUCACCGGCGAACUUCCAGCGCGUGA